GCUCCUCCGUCGUCCUCCGUCGGCAUGGAACAUGAAACUGAAAAUAAUAGCUCAGAAUGUUCCUGAAGAAGUUUUCUUUGAGGUAGAAAUGGAAGGAUUUACAAGAGAGGGUCCCUGCUUUUCCAUUUUAGGUGACAAUUGGGACUGCGAGAACCAGGAAAGAAACUUGAGGCAAUCUCCUUUUAUCGAUGAGAAAAGAGGGGCUCAGGAAGCAAAUUGUGACCAUUUUAGUUCGGGGGAGCAUUUGAGUACAAACCCAGCCCUUCUGCCAUCUCAGAGAGUUCCUACAACAAAUGGCUUUCAGGUUCAUAACUCAGAUAUUAAAACUUCUGACUGUGGCCAAACCUUACAUAGUUGUCCUGCAAGUUACACAGUUAAGGGAACUGGUGACGGGGAUGCUUGUGAAAAAGCCAUCCAUCCUUCUAUGGAAGUCACUCAGCUUGUAAGGAACCAAAUGAAAGACAAACCCUAUAAAUGUGCAGAAAGUAUUAAAUCUUUAAAUCACUUUACCACUCCCCUUUGUGACAAAAAAGUUAAGAAAAGAAGCAAGAAAUUUUACAAAGGGAAGGACUUUGGGGACAUCUUGGCCCUGAGCUCAUCUCUGAAUGAGAAAAGAGGUCAUUCCACUGAGAAACCCUACAAAUGUACUGAGUGUGACAAAUACUUCAAGCGAAACUCCUCUCUUGUUUUACACCAUCGAACUCACACUGGGGAGAAACCUUAUACCUGUAGUGAUUGUGGAAAAUCAUUCUCCAAGAACUACAACUUGAUUGUUCACCGAAGGAUUCAUACUGGAGAGAAACCCUAUAAAUGCAGUAAAUGUGGGAAAGCUUUUAGUGACGGAUCAGCUCUGACCCAGCACCAGAGGAUUCACACAGGUGAGAAGCCUUAUGCAUGCCUGGAAUGCGGAAAAACUUUCAACAGAAAUUCCUCCCUGAUUUUGCAUCAAAGGACUCAUACAGGGGAAAAACCAUACAGAUGCAACGAAUGUGGGAAACCGUUCACUGACAUCUCUCACCUGACUGUACAUCUCAGAAUCCACACUGGUGAGAAACCCUAUGAGUGCAGCAGAUGUGGGAAGGCUUUCCGGGAUGGCUCCUACCUCACCCAGCAUGAGAGGACACACACUGGAGAGAAGCCUUUUGAAUGUGCAGAGUGUGGGAAAUCCUUCAGCCGCAACUCUCACCUUAUUGUGCAUCAGAAAAUUCAUUCUGGGGAGAAGCCCUAUGAAUGUAAAGAGUGUGGGAAAACCUUCAUUGAGAGUGCAUACCUCAUCAGGCAUCAGAGAAUUCACACCGGUGAGAAGCCCUAUUGCUGUAACCAGUGCCGUAAACUCUUCAGGAACAUCGCUGGACUUAUCCGGCACCAGAGGAUUCAUACUGGUGAAAGGCCUUAUGAGUGUAAUGAAUGUGGGAAAGCUUUUAGGGAUAGCUCCUGUCUGACCAAGCACCAGAGGAUUCACACUAGGGAGACUCCAUACCAGUGUCUGAAGUGUGGAAAGUCCUUCAGGCAGAACACUCACCUGGUAGUACAUCAAAGACUUCAUAACAGGGAGGGCCCUAGCCAGUGUCCUCAGUGCGGGAAGAUGUUUAGAAGGAGCUGGUGUCUUGUCCGACAUCAGAGAACACACCAGGAAGAGCAGCCGCCCGUGGAAGCAAAAUGAAAGAGGGCUAUAGUCUUCUCGAGCGA